AUGUCACUUACCCCGGAAUCAAAGUCUAGGAUAGCGUCACAGUCCUCUGAAGUCAGCCAACCGAUCAGUGUGGAUCAAAGCUCAGUCCAGGAUAUUAAUACCCAAUCAAUUACACCAAACAGUGAUCAAAAAAUCCAGCCAGCUUCAUCCCCAGAGUUACUUGACGAAGAUAAAAUAAUUAAAAUUUUGGGCUCUGAUGGUGCUAUUGACGCUUUACUUGGAAGAUUGAAAAAAAGUGUUCUGACUUGUGAAGAAUUUUCUAAAUAUAUAAGAAAGAAGGCCUUAUUAGAGGAGGAUCACUUUGAACAUUUGAAAAAGAUCUCUAAAACCACACAAGAAGCAUUGAAAGCAACAUCUACAUUGAAAAGUGAUUCAUUUGUCAUUAAUUUUGAUAAAAUUGUGAAAUUGGAUGAUAGAAUCGCUCAACAUGGGUCUAAUUUUAGUAAAAGUCUACACAAUAUGAACGAAGAGUUAUCAUCAUUAGGAUCCACUAUUUCCAAGUCUAGAAAGCUAACCAAAGAAAAUUUCAGAAGAAAAGAAAAAGAAGUGAUUGAUGCAAUUACAGCUGCAGAAAAAGCUAAGAACAAAUAUGAUGGAUUUUGCUUAGAAUUAGAAAGAUUGAAAACAACUGACCCUACAAAAAAAACAUUCACAUUGAAAGGCUCAAAGACUACAACUGAGCAAGAAGAGAUCCUUCAGAGAAAAAUCGAGGGCGCAGAUGCAGAUUAUAGACAAAAGGUUGCUACAUCAACUGGUCUAAGAAGUGUAUUUCUGAACACAUUCAGACCAUCAACUGCCAAAAAUUUGAAGAAUAUGAUUAUUGAAAUCGACAUAGCUAUGAGUGUUCAACUACAAAAAUAUGCAUCUAAGGUCGAGGAAAAUAUAUUGAGCCAAGGGCUAAGUGUGAGUCCAAUUUCUGGAAAAGAUAUACAAUCAAUCAAGAGCAUAGCAGCAUCAAUUAACAAUGAACGUGAUUUAUACAAUUAUAUUUUAAGAUCUACAGGCACUGCACCAAACAAACAAUUAAUUCCUGUUGAGUAUAGACCGCAUCCUUCAAUCACACCAUCUGCUAGUAGUGGUUCAAUAAAGGUUAGAAGCUUUAACCAAGUCAAUAGUGGGAAUAAAAAUUCAUUACCAACAGCCCCUAAAUCAAAUAAUGAGCCAUUAUCUGGUGCCGCUGCAAGUCCAAGCUUAGGCUCUUCAAAUAAUACCUUUAGACAACCAAGUUUUGAGAUGAAAAACACAACAAGUGCAGCAUCUUCACCAUACCUAGAUGACACUCAGUCAUUCAAGAGCUCUAUGGUGAGUGGGCCAAGACCAAUUUCUGUUAUUAAUAAUGAUAAUGUGCCAUUACCUCCAGGAACAUCUUCAAAUUUCAAAACUUUUGGAACCCCAAUAUCAGACUUGAUUGAAUUUGAAGGUGAAAUGGUUCCAUCCGUUGUUCGUCAAUGUAUUUAUGUUAUUGAUAGAUAUGGUUUAGAAAAAGAAGGAAUUUAUAGAACAAGUGGUAAUGUAUCAACGGUUCAUGCAUUUAAGGACUUGAUAGACAAAGAUCCAAGCAACAUCAAAUUGAUUUUGCCAAAUCCUAACUCGAUUUCAGACAGUGAUGUUUAUGCCGUUGCUUCGUUAUUGAAGCUAUAUUUUAGUUCAUUACCUGAAGCUCUUUUGACAAACGAAGCAAGCAAAAAAUUCCUAGAGUAUAUUAAGAUACCAGAACCAGAACUUAGAUUGAAGAGAGUUCAUCAAGUUGUGUAUGACUUACCAGAUGGGUCUUAUUGGACAUUAAGAAGCUUAAUUUUCCAUUUGAGUAAAGUUGUCGCUAAACAAGAGAUUAACUUAAUGAACUCAAGAAAUUUGGGUAUCAUAUGGGGUCCAAACUUAUUUCCAAAAGAUGAUUUUAAUGCAAGUGACAUGAGCUAUCAAGGUAAAUUAGUUGAAGAAUUAAUUCAUCAUGUCAAUGAUAUAUUUGAAGCUGAAUAA